GUUGCUUACAGACGUUUCGUGGGUUGUGGUCGUCGUGUUUCUAUCUAAAAAGAUUAUUGUUAGCUAACUCCUCAGAAAAGCUCGAAUCUUGAAGAGUUAAAAAUUAAGCAAACAGAAGUGAAAAUUUUGCGCUAAUUUCAAUAUUGUCUCUAAAACUAACAAUAAAAAUAAUAACAAUGAAACAGCAAGUUGUUGGAAUUCUAUUUGCACUUGUUGCGAUCUCGAAUGCGGCAGUAAAGGUUCCCGUCACUAUUUACUACGAAUCCCUAUGCCCCGAUAGUGCAGCACUUAUAACUGAAAAAAUCCAUCCAGUCCUCCAAGAUGAACUCAAAGAGCAUGUUGAUAUUACCUGGGUACCAUUUGGAAAAUCAGAAAUGUACACUCAAGGCGCCGAUGUGGAAUUCACCUGCCAUCAUGGACCAAAUGAAUGUUAUGGCAACAAAGUUCAUGCUUGCGCCAUCAACAUCAUUCAGGCAAACUCUUACCAAGCUGAAUUCACUAGGGAAUCCCUUACACUGGACUUCAUUACUUGCUUAAUGAAGGUCGGCAAAAACUUCCCAGACAAUGUGUAUCCGGGCGCUAAAUGUGCUCGCGAAAAUCACAUCAAUACCUGGGCAAACAUUGAAACGUGUGCCAAUUCCACUGAGGGUAGCAAACUCCUGCAGGAACAAGGAAAGAUGACCAAUGCAUUCCAAAAACCACUCACCAGUGUGCCAACUGUUGUAUUUAAACAUGUAUUCGACAAUGAUGUCCAACAAAUGGCAUUGAAGGACUUCAAGACAACAUUGUGUGGUUAUAUUAUGGAACCAAAGCCAAAAACUUGUAUGCCAGUUAACUCAGCUGCAGGAUUAAGCUUCAUUCCAUUUUUGGGUGCUGCCCUUUAUGCUGUAUCAAGAUUGGUUUAAAACAUUCUUUAAAGGCUCAAAUAAGAUCAUAAAUUCGUAAAAUUUGAUCUUAAACUGUGUUUUUAGUUCAUUGUUAUAGAUAAAAUAUUUUUUUUUGUAUUUAAAAAGAAGAAUUGGUUUAUUAGAGUUUUAUGAGUAGAGCAUUCUCAUUUAUAUUUUUUUUAUAUUAUUUUAUUUAACUGUGUUAGAAUAGUUUACAGCUUUAAUUAAAACAAUCGAAAAAUCUUCCGUCCAGUGAUCGCGCAAAAUAGAGUUUAACAUUCGCAUGAUAUCAUUUUAUGUAAUUGUGUAAUUUUACGAAAUCAUAAUAAAUUUUU